AUGUCAACAUCAACUUCGGCUAGAAGAAAAGGAUUAGCACCUCUUAGAUCGGUUCAAACUAAGACUGAUAUAUCACCAAAACUAAAAAUUCCACGAUCCACAUUUACUGAAGCUUCAAAAAACAAAAAUCAAAUUUCAAUGAAUGAAUUGAUUAGAAACAAACAGAAAAAGCAGCAAUUACUUGAAAAUAAGACAAAUAUUAUUGCCAAAAUAGCUAGAUAUGAACAAUUGUUUACAUAUAAACCAAAAGAUAAAGAUAAUGUCAGAAUUCUUAAGGUUUUAAAGCCUUCAAUUGCUGAAGUCAAACGAGAUAUACGUCAAAGAAAAAGGGAUAUCAAGCGAAUCAGAAAUUCUGACAUCACUGCAUCAAUCACAGAAAAUCAAGAAGAGAUUAAGAUGUUACAUCUAGAAAUUGUUCGUCUUAAUGAAGAAAAGCACAAAGUAUACAAGGAAAUUGAUGAAGCUCAAGCAAAUCUAGAUGAAUUAAUUUCUAUGUAUGCACCACGUAGAAUGAGGCGCAGUAAGCAAAACAUCAGUGAGCUAAGAGAGAAGAUUCGUGAAACAGAGCAAGCAAUAGAUAUUAUCGAGCAUCCAGAAAAAUAUUUCGCUUCAAGUGAAGAAGAAUCAAAAAGAAAAAAGGAUGAAGAACAAAUGAGGAAAGAACUUAUAUCUCUCAUAAAGAAAACUAAGAAGCAAAGGAUUGAUGAGGAAAAUAAAAUAAGAGAAAUAGAAAAUGAAUUAUAUUCAGGAAAAUAUGAAAACCAAUUUUAUUCAUGUUGA